AGCACCUUUGAAGCCUCACACCGCCUGGGUGGACUGGGCGGGGCUCGGAGCAGAACUCGCCGCCGGGAACCCGCAAACCCGGGCGCCCCGGAACCUCCUCGAAGCCACGAAGAAGAUGGCGAAGUUGCCAUCCUUCCUCAGUAGCAUGUUCCCAGGACGACCGCCACCGGAGCCGGGCCGAAGUGCCGCUGCUCCCCCGCCGCCGCCUGCGAAGCCAGCCGCGAGCAGCACGACAUCAACUGCCUGGUUUCCGGACUCAGUGAAUGGCAAGGUGGUGUCCAAGGAAGUCCUCACACAGUCCAUCGAGCAUGUGGCCCACACGGUGGAACCGUGGGUUCCAGAGGACUACGUAGGGCAACAGCUUCUACAAGAAGCGGUGCGAAACCACGGGCGAGUAGAUUUGAUGGAAAAGAAGAAUGGUGAGAAGCUUGCGGUGAAACGAAUGCCGAACAGGUGGGUACGAGAGGGGCCCACGGAAUUCAACGAACAGUAUCCCACCGCCUCGGAGCGGCCGUGGGUGGAUAUCGGCCUGGUGAGGUAUUUAAACUCGAUCCGAUACCCCUACGUUUGCACCUUGAUCGGCGUCUUUCGGGAUGAUGAGACCACCUACGUGGCCUCCACUUUGGCGACCCAAGGAGACCUCUUCUCUUGGUGCGACGCAGACCCCGGCCCGGGCGGCGCGCGCGAGAACGUGAUGUUGCCCAUCGUUGGGCAGAUCUUCGUGGCCGUUAGGUGGCUUCAUGAUUUGGGCGUGGCACAUCGUGAUCUAUCACUUGAGAACAUCCUUCUGACUCAAGAGUCAGGUUCUCAACAUGUGAAGCUGAUCGAUUUUGGGAUGUGCACUGUGAACAGGAACUGCAAGAGAGAAGUUCGCGGCAAACAGUCGUACCAGGCGCCCGAGAUGCACGGUUCGGACACGUAUGAUGCCUUCCUGGCUGAUGACUUCGCCUUGGGUGUGGUGGUGUUUGCGAUGGCCGUACAAGACUAUCCCUGGACUUCGACUAAGAAAGGCACCUGCCAGCUCUUCGACUACAUUUCCACCUUCGGCCUCUUGAAGUUCUUGAGAAAGAGGAAGCUCCGAAAAGGCACCGAACACCUCUCAGAGGUCAUGAGUGCCGAACUCAUUCAGAUGGUGGACGCCAUGCUCCAGUUUGAUAUCAACAGCCGCCUUUGUUUAGGAGAGGGCUGCUUCGGCACCCGUGGCAGUGUUUGGGACCAGCCAUGGAUCCAACCUUUCAAGACCAGCUAAGCCCAAAACUGACGGCGGCGAAAGUAUGGCCGACCGGACCCAGACCAGACGGACCGAAAGUCGCGCGAAAG